CGUCUGUGGUCUGUCUAUACCCUAAACGCGUGGACCAAUCGCUUGGAACGCACUGAACGGCUCAAGCUUUUGCUCCUCUCUCUCUCUCUCGUCUAUUCUCUUCUGUAGCCGGAAGCUCCAGAUCUCGUCGUCUCUAUGGCUCAGGUGGAUAACAGAAAUUCUUCAGCAGCGAAGCGUGCUCGAACUGACGGUGGCCGCAGGGAAGACGACUGGACAUGCCCUAGCUGUGGUAAUGUCAAUUUUUCAUUCAGGACAACUUGCAAUAUGCGUAACUGCACUCAGCCUAGGCCCGCAGAUCACAACUCAAAAUCUGCUGCAAAACCCAUGCAACCUCCACAUGGCUACUCAUCCUCAGGUCCCUAUUUAGGCUCUGGUGCACCAUCCUCUAUGUAUAUGGGCAUGCCACCUUACGGAUCUUCUCUUUUUAAUGGGCCAUCCCUGCCUCCUUAUGACGUUCCAUUUUCUGGAGGGUCAGGAUAUCCUUACGGCUAUGGUAGUCGCCUUUCUGGAGGAAGCCCGUAUAGACCCAUGCAUCUGUCUGGGCCUCCACCUUAUUCUGGUGGAUCUAUGAUGGGAACUGGUGGAAUGUAUGGUAUGCCACCACUGAUGGACCGUUAUGGCUUGGGUGUGCCCAUGGGUCAUGCUAGCAUGGGCCCAAGGCCCGGAUUCUUUCCAGAUGAUAAAUCUCAAAAAAAGGAUGGAACACGUGAUAAUGACUGGACAUGUCCAAAAUGUGGAAACGUCAACUUCUCUUUUAGAACAGUUUGUAAUAUGAGGAAGUGCAAUACUCCAAAACCUGGAUCUCAGGCUGCGAAAUCGGAUAAGAGUUCUAAACAAAAGAUGCCCGAAGGGAGCUGGAAGUGUGAGAAAUGCAAUAACAUAAACUACCCAUUUAGAACCAAAUGCAACAGACAAAACUGUGGAGCUGAAAAGCCAGCUGAGGCUGAGACACCACCUUCUGAACCAGCUGAUGAAAAUGAUCAGUGAGUUCUAGGACAUGUCUGAGGGUUGAGAAGGUCCAGAGUUGUCGUCCAGCGUCGCUCAGUAUGGUGUCUGAAAGUCAGUCAUGUCGUCAUCAUGUUGCAGCCAUUGUCAAGUUGCUCUGCCUUCUUAUAAUCUGUGUCAUGCUUGGUUGUAUUAACUGGGAUGGUAUUCACUCACUGUCUUUAUAUUACCUUAAGUAAUAUGCAUUACAUGUGUCUGCUGGGUUUGUCUGGCAUGAAUUUUCAGGCAGUUUCUGGUAUCUUAUAGAUGGGAUUUUAUUCUACUGCUGCAUCUCUGUUUUAGAGGGCAUGUUAACUUGCAGUUGGAGUUAUGCUAGUUCUA